GCCGACUUGUCCGAGAAAUCACUGGCCUGAUCCCGGAAUCUUUGCAGCCUGAGGCUCAAACAUAAGCUAAGCCUAAAAUAAUUCACCCCGCCAUUUGUCCCAAAUUCUGGAGCUCGGCCGAGCUUCAAUUUCAACUUCACCAUCUCACCCCACCACUACUGUAUUGCGCCCAUUCUCCUACAGCCGCAGCAUCACUUCACCGCGAUUUCUUCAGCUUCACUAUUCUACCGAUCUACGAAGCUCCUGCAACACACUGGUUGUGAAUACACCUCCCGUGCCUGCCUGUCUUUCACCACAGCUGCCUGCAUACAAAUACUCCUGCAAACGGUCGCAGUAUACCACAGACACAGACUUGGAAUACUCCAACCCUCGAAUUUCCCUUCCUCCGUGCCCCCAAACUACAAACAAACAUUCAUAAUGGCCGAGACACCCAAGCCAGCUGCUUCCCUCGCGGAUCGCAUUGGCACUAAACCUCUCGAUGGUGGCUCCUCUUCCUUCACUCCAGGCACGAGUUCUUGGGCCGACGAGGUCGCAUCGCCAGUAGUUGAGCAAAAGAAGUCAGAAUCAUCUCUCGGUGAUGCGCAAGGUGAUGGUACCGUCGAACCUCUUGGUGGAUCUGGUCUUCACGAUGCCCAGUACGAGGUCGAGGUGAAGCUGAGCGACCUUCAGGGCGAUGUCAACAGUCCCCUGUUCUCCAUCAAAACAUUUGAGGAGCUGGGAAUCUCCCAAGAAGUUUUGAAGGGCAUGUAUGGCAUGAACUUCAGAAAGCCCUCAAAGAUCCAGGAAAAGGCGCUCCCUAUCCUACUCAUGAACCCUCCCCAAAACAUGAUCGCCCAAUCACAAUCUGGAACCGGCAAGACUGCCGCUUUUGUCAUAACAAUUCUAUCCCGCCUGGACUACACCCGACCAAGCCAACCACAAGCUCUUUGCCUUGCUCCGAGUCGUGAGCUUGCGCGUCAAAUCGAAGGAGUUGUCAAGACCAUUGGUCAGUUUGUGGAAGGUCUUACAGUCCAGGCCGCUGUUCCUGGAGCCAUGGAGCGAAAUACUAAGGUUCAGUCGAUGGUCGUGGUUGGAACUCCAGGAACUGCUAUGGAUCUGAUCAAGCGAAGACAACUGGACGUUUCGAAUAUGAAGGUUCUUUGCUUGGAUGAGGCCGAUAAUAUGCUGGAUCAACAAGGUCUUGGUGAUCAGUGCCUGCGUGUCAAAUCCAUGAUUCCUAAGAUCGACCAAAUCCUCCUCUUCUCUGCCACCUUCCCAGACGAGGUCAUGACCUAUGCACAGCAAUUCAGUCCCGGUGCCGCCGAAAUCAAGUUGAAGCGUGAUGAGCUCACAGUUGGAGGUAUCAAACAAAUGUACAUGGACUGCCCGUCAGAUGAAGGAAAGUACGAUAUCCUCGCCCAAUUAUAUGGUCUGAUGACCAUCGGAUCCUCUAUUAUUUUCGUCAAGAAACGAGAAACCGCGAGCAGAAUUGCCGAACGCCUGACUGCCGAUGGACACAAAGUUGUUGCUAUCCAUGGUGCCUUCGACGGAAACGACCGUGACAAUAUCUUACAGCAAUUCCGCUCUGGUCAGGCGAAGGUUCUUAUCACCACAAACGUUCUCGCUCGAGGUAUUGACGUAUCAUCCGUCUCCAUGGUUAUCAACUAUGAUAUACCCAUGAAGGGCCGCAUGGACGACUCUCCAGAUCCAGAAACCUACCUCCACCGUAUCGGUCGAACAGGACGAUUUGGACGUGUGGGCGUCAGUAUAUCCUUCGUCUUCGACAGAAAGAGUUUCAAUGCACUCUCCGAGAUCGCCCAGCAUUAUAAUAUCGACCUUAUUCGACUGGAUCAGGAUGAUUGGGAUAAGACCGAGCAUAUCGUCAAGACAGUUAUCAAGUCUAGCCGUGCUGGUACCAAUCUUCAAAUUUAACAGGGCAAUGAUUAUUUCAUGAAUGUAUUUUGCAUCACAAAAAGUGGGGCGGGCGUUGCGUUGCUUUCUAUAGACAUAUGGGCCAAAAUUUACCACUGGGGGCAAUUGAAGAUGAGAUUGACAUAAUGCCUGGGGGAGGCUCUGUAUCUGCGGAUGGAAGGGGGACAUUUCAAGAGCAUUGCGCUGCCUAAAGCAGAUGCACCGAUACCAUGAAUUAAGCGAUGCCAUUCGAGCGUUUGAGUUCGGCAGAAUCCUCCGAUCCUAAAAGCUUUCGAGAAGGGAUAUGAAAAUACAUCCCCAUGACUGUAAGUAGUGAUAACUUCUCCUUCAACUAGAAGCAAGUACUUCAUGUCAGAGAAGGAUUAUGCUGUGUCCAGGAUAGGGCGAGCCUACGAAUUCCCACCAGAGGGUCUAAG